AUGACGGAAGCAAUUACCUUAUCUUCUCACGCUAUUACAAUGAAAACAAAUGACACAGAGCUAAAUAAUUGGCUACAGAUAAGGAACAAAGGGCUUUCCACGGAAAUAGUGGCAGCCUUAUCCAUUCCAAUCUGUUUCUGGGGAUUGAUUGGGAACGCAACUGUCUUUUGGCUGCUCUGCACCAAGGUGAAGAAGACAACAUUCGUAGUUUAUAUUCUCAAUUUGAUAAUAGCCGAUUUUAUUGUGGCUGCUUACUUCCUUAUAGUGUUUAGUGUAUUUCUGACAUCACUUUAUGUCAGUUAUUAUUUUUCACGGGCAAUGGAGAAUAUUUAUUCAUUGUCAAGCAAUGCCAGCAUUUUUUUAUUAACAGUUACAUGCUUUGAAAGGUAUUUCAUGGUCUCUUUCCCUCUCUACUAUCAACAGCACCGUCCAAAGGAAUUCACAUUGAAUAUAUGCUGCAUAAUAUGGUUCUGGUCUUCUCUAGUGGCCCUGACAUUAUAUGUUUCCUGCUACCCAAAAUUGCUUUCAUCCCACUCUGAAAGCAAUUCUUUCUGUCACAGUGCAUCAAUGUUUGAAUCUAUUGUUCAGCUUAUGUUUUUGUUCCCCAUCAUGUCCUUUUCUGCUUUGUCCCUUUUUAUCAGAAUGCGGAAAAGACCAAAGCAAAGGACCAAAUCAAGACUUGAUAUCACCCUCAUUAUCAUGGUUAUCCUUUCUCUUGUUUGUAUUUUUACAUUUCAUACUCGUUAUUUUAUAAGCAAGUGGGUUAAGGCACUUCGUAACCCAACUUUAUUUCAACUGUCUCUGCUGUUUGACGCUAUCAAAAGUAGUGUCAGCCCUUUGGUCUAUUUCUUUGUUGGAAAUUGGCAAAGACAGGAGGCCGCAGAACCAAUGCAUAAGUUGCUUGAGAGAGCUUUGAACGAAAAAGAAAGCACAGACAAUCUAGACACCAGUUAG